AUAGUACUACAAUAUAGACCUUAUCAACUUUGUUGGAGAAUUUAAAACAAUGGCUUCUUCUUCAAAUAUUGUUCAACUCCACCAUGUCCAUCUUCUUCCUUCAAUUCAUCCAAUUUCUUCCAUAAAGCAGUUCACUAUCAAAUGCACUUCCAAUUCAUUACCUGAAUCUUCUUCAGACCCAGAAUUCCUAACCCCAAAUUCAGAAACAACAAUUAGCCCAGAAAAAUUCCCAAUAGAAAAACGUCGAAAAUCCGAGAUAAUCCGUGAGAGAAAAUCAAGAAGUGAGCUCAUAAAGCAAGACCCACCAAAUUUCGAAAUUGGGUGGAAGAGAACAAAGCCAAUUCCAUUAGAUAAGCCAAUUGGGUAUGUGAUAAUGGAUUUUUUGGAGAAAUUGGAAGAGCUAAUGGCUAGGGAUUUUGGGUCGACGGCGUUGUUAGCGAAAGUGGGAGAAAUAGUUGCAGAAAGAGCUAGGGAAGAAGCGGAAGUGUUGAAGGAAGAAGGGAAAGUGGAGGAGAGAAUGGUGACGGAAUUGUACAGAGUUUUGAAGCUUAUGGAAAUGGAUUUAGCUAUGGUGAGUGCUGCUGUGAAAGAAGAGACAUUGAAUGAAAGACUCGAACAAGCUAAAGCACGUUGUAGGCAAGCCAUUCUUGUUGCUAAUUCUUUUUGAGAAAUUUUUCCUUGUGGAAAAGGUAGAAUCUUUUUACACUUGUAUUGUAUUUAAGUGUGUAUUUCGUUAUCGACUUGGAUUGUGGUAGAAUGAUUGUUGAUCCUUCCAUCUUUAUUAGAAGAUCUCGAGUUCGAGUUUCAAUGUAAGUAUCAAACAUCUAUGGUAGGAUGAUUGUUAAUCCUUCCAACUUUAUUAAGAGAUUUUGGA